AUGGACUCUGAAUCACACGACCGAAACCUACAGCGAUUUCUUGAUAGUGCUCAAAAGUAUGGAAUCACUUUUAAUGAAACAAAAAGUGAAAUUAGCACUGCUAAAGUGAGACUGUUAGGAUACGAGAUUUCCAAAGGACAACUUAAGCCGGAUCCUGAGAGAUUUCGCGCUCUAAGGGAAUUACCCGUACCAGGGAACAUGCGUGAACAGAAACGAGUAGUGGGUCUUCUGGCUUACUACUCACAGUGGAUACCUAACUUCUCAACAAAAAUAAGCCUGUUAACAAGAAAUCAACAAUUUCCUGUCUCCGAAGAAGUCAAAAGAACAUUUGAAAGUUUGAAAAAUGAGCUGGAAAAAGCUGCCGUAUAUACUAUAGAUCCAAAUCGCCCUUUAACCGUUGAGACGGAUGCUUCUGAUAUAGCCAUUGCAGCUACCCUCAACCAAGAUGGCCGGCCCGUUGCUUUCUUCUCUCGCUCAUUAACAAAAAGUGAAAGAAAACACUCUUCAGUUGAGAAAGAAGCAUAUGCCAUUGUUGAGUCGCUGAGGAAAUGGAAACAUUUCUUAGUUGGUAAAGCGUUCACACUUGUUACGGAUCAGCGAUCUGUCUCUUUCAUGUAUAACAGGUCAAACAAAGGAAAAAUUAAAAAUGAAAAAUACCAGAGGUGGAAACUAGAACUCUCGUGUUUCCACUAUGACGUCAUCUAUCGCCCUGGCAAGCAGAACACUGUAGCUGAUACAUUUACCAGAAACUAUCUAUCUGCCGUCACUCGCAAUGACCUUAAAUUGCUGCACACUAGUCUUUGCCACCCGGGCGUUACUCGACUAUUGCACUACGUAAGGACUAAAAAUCUUCCAUUUUCCUGUGAUGACGUCAGAACUGUAAUAGAGCAAUGUCAAACUUGUGCAGAACUAAAGCCCCGUUUUUUUCGACAGCCGACCGGAGAACUGAUUAAAGCAACUCAACCUUUUGAGAGAAUUAGUAUGGAUUUCAAGAGACCUCUCUCUACUGUUUCAAGAAAUAGAUAUCUACUUACCAUUAUAGAUGAAUUCUCUAGAUUUCCAUUUGCAUUUGCAUGUCCCGAUAUGUCUUCCUCUACGGUUGUUAAAUGUCUCAAUGAACUAUUCGCCCUAUUUGAAUUUCCAGCGUACGUCCACACUGACAGGGGAACUUCGUUUAUGUCUACAGAGGUGCAGCAUUUCCUCCACGAGAGAGGAAUUGCAACCAGUAGAACGACCCCUUACAGCCCGAGACGGAACCAACAAAUAGAGAAACUUAACGGGACUUUAUGGAAAGCCAUCACCUUGGCUCUACAUUCUAAGGAAUUGGACAUAGCUAAAUGGGAACUAGUACUAAAUGAUGCUCUGCAGUCCAUCCGGUCAUUACUAUGCACUGCAACUAACAGGACACCACAUGAACGACUUCUUGGGUUCAACCGAAGAAGUGGUUCCGGGACAUCCUUGCCAACAUGGUUGACCAGUCCAGGUCCUGUCCUGCUGAAGAAGAACGUUAGAUCAUCUAAAUAUGAUCCCAUAACAGAGGAAGUUGAUUUGGUAACAUGCAACCCUCAGUACGCUGUUAUCCGAACACCAAACGGCCGAGAGGAAACUGUCUCAUUACGAAUGGUAGCCCCUAGGGAGGAUCAAAAAGUUAUAGAAAAUGAGAAUCAGAGUAGAACAGAGCUUGAUAUUGGCUGCCCCGUCCAAAGCUCACCUCCCAGGAAUCAACCGACUGAUUCUAUCAUGCCUGAAGAAACCACCAGCACCACCGAAGACAUAGCCAGACCGUCCGAAACUCAAGCAGAUGAAACUACACAUACAUACAAUCUUAGAGUAAGGAGAACUAGGCCCAACUAUAAAGUGUAA